GCACCGAGCAGGUUGGGGCUGCUGUUCACGUCGGGGUUUCCCGCUGCAUAUCAGCUUGGCCUCCUGCACGACGACCCCGUAGCGGACUUUGGACGUAUCAUCACAUUCACGCUUUGCUGCGCUUACGUCGGCAUAUUCUUCACGAUGCCGCUCCGCCGGCUCUACAUCCUCAAGCUCAAGCUGACGUUCCCAAGCGCAGUCGCGGCAGCCUACACCAUCCGAUCCCUACAUGUUGGACGAAAUGCGGCUGCCAACGCACGCAAGAAGACGCUUGCCCUCAUCGUCUCGUUUCUCCUCGCCAUCGCAUGGCGCAUCAUCAGCGAGUACGCCCCAGGCAUCAUGUGGGACUGGCACUGGGGCUGGUGGUUCUACAAGGCUGGCUGGACGUGGAUCAUCCGAGCCGAGAACUGGGGCUGGAUCUGGGAGUGGACCCCAGCUUUCAUCGGGGUCGGCCUCCUCGUCCCGCUGAACUCGUCCGUCUCGUUCGUCGGCGGGUCCGCACUCGCCUGGGCGAUUAUCGGCCCCGCGCUCGUCGCCACGAACCGCGCGUUCGGCACCCCUGCGUCGCUGACGGGCGCGUCCCCCGAGUACAUGAACUUCGCGAAUAUGGUCCUCGACGACCCCGUCGGGCACCCCUCCCCGAAGUACUGGAUGAUCUGGCCUGGGUGCGCGGUGCUGCUGUGUGCGAGUAUGGCCGAGAUCGUCGGAAACGGAGGCGCGGUGAUCAAGAGCGAGGCGAUCACAGUAGCCUCCGCCAUUGCGAGGCUCAGGCUGUUCAGGCGACGAGGUUCUGGGGGCAACGAGGUGUCAGACGACGAGCUGAAGGAGGACCCGUACUUCGACCCUGUCCCACUCGACGAACAGACGCCCUGGUGGAUGUGGACGGGCGGGCUCGCGGCGGGGACGAUCCUUACGAUGCUCGUCAUGCGCUACCAGUUCGGGCAGAACGCAGGCGUGACCCUCCUGGCGAUCCUCUUCUCCUUCUUGUUCUCCCUUGUCGGCGCCGAAUGCACCGGGCGCGUUUCGGUAACACCCGUCACGACUCUGGGGAACUUCGCGCAGCUCGUGUUUGGCGGCAUUUCCAAGGGCACGGGGCUCGCGCCUAUGGCGAAUCAGCUCAACAACGGCCUGACCGGUAUGAUCACCCUCGCCGCUUCAGAGCAGGUCGCAGACAUGCUCGGUACGUCCCCUCAUCUCGUCGAAAACGCUUGGAGAUACUAA